AUUACAGUCAGACAUUUUAAAUGCUCCUGCUUUAAGAAGUUUGUUCGUUCCUUGUCAAGCCAGCUGCACAACACCCCGGUUCUCUCGAAUAUACCCCCUUCCUUCGGACCGGCUCGAGUGAUAAUCAUUGGUACUGGUGAUCUGUCUCACAUUCCCACGUACGCCAGAUAG